GAUGACUUUGUGAAAUUUCCAGGCUCUUAUCAUACCAAUUCUCUUUAAAUUUGCUCACUUCUUCCCCUCUCUCUACAAAAUACCUUUCGAAUCGUACCAUUUACGGAGAAACAGGGCAUGCAGAGACAAUGGGCAAUACAAAUUCUUUGUGUGGGCGUAAAGGAUUUUACAACAAGGAAACUUUGUUAAGUUCUGUUGGCAACAACUCAUCCCACGAUGGUAUUAGAACAAUUGAAGCUGUUAAGAGUUGUAGCUUUUCUAGAAAAUCAGAUCUUUGUAUCCGUAUCAUCACAUGGAACAUGAAUGGAAAGGUUUCGUAUGAAGAUUUGGUUCAGCUUGUUGGCAAAGACAGAAAAUUUGAUUUGCUUGUGGUUGGAGUGCAAGAGGCUCCCAAAACCAAUGUAGCUCAACUUUUGCAGACAGCUUCAUCUCCAACUCAUGUGCUUCUUGGGAAGGCGAAACUGCAAUCGAUCCAGCUAUUAUUGUUUGGACCAAAGAAUUCACAACCACUAGUAAAAGGUAUUUAUUCAUCUAUUAUCAUCAGAUGUAUUUAUACUCUCUAACAAUCGGUUCCCAAGCGGGCCAAAAUCAGUCAGAUACAAAAAAUCGUCAAUGGAAGGUUAACAUUUUUAGCCUAAGUGUUUGAUUAAUCGGUCUAGGCAGUUUAUUGCGACA